CGACGCGGGCUUUUGGCGGCGCGAUGGGCAAACCUGCCGGCUCUCGGGGUGGCGGCGGUUCCGACCCGGUGCGGAGUUUCAAUCGCUGGAAGAAGAAGCACAGCCAUAGGCAGAGCCAGAAGAAACAGCUGAGGAAGCAGCUCAGGAAGCCCGAGUGGCAGGUGGAGCGCGAGGGCAUCAGCCGCCUGGUACAGGACUACGAGAAGAUAAAUGUAAAUGAAAUCACACGAUUUUCAGAUUUCCCUCUGUCCAAAAAAACUCUGAAAGGUCUGCAAGAAGCCCAGUAUCGCUUGGUAACUGAGAUACAGAAACAGACCAUUGGUUUAGCUUUGCAAGGUAAAGAUGUUUUGGGAGCUGCCAAAACUGGAUCUGGCAAGACCCUGGCUUUCCUUGUUCCAGUCUUGGAAGCUUUGUAUCGUCUGCAAUGGACAUCAACAGAUGGGCUGGGGAUUUUGAUAAUCUCACCUACGAGAGAACUGGCCUAUCAGACCUUUGAGGUUCUCCGAAAAGUAGGAAAAAAUCAUGACUUUUCAGCUGGUCUCAUCAUUGGUGGAAAGGAUCUGAAACAUGAAGCUGAGAGAAUCAAUAACAUAAAUAUACUUGUUUGUACACCGGGCCGGCUUCUUCAACACAUGGAUGAAACGAUAUGCUUUCAUGCUACCAAUCUCCAAAUGUUAGUUCUUGAUGAAGCAGAUAGAAUUUUGGAUAUGGGCUUUGCUGACACCAUGAAUGCUAUCAUUGAAAAUCUUCCCAAGAAACGUCAGACUUUGCUUUUCUCGGCCACGCAAACCAAGUCUGUAAAGGAUCUCGCACGAUUGAGUUUGAAAAACCCUGAGUAUGUCUGGGUUCAUGAAAAAGCAAAAUACAGCACCCCAGCGACUUUAGAACAGAACUACAUAGUUUGUGAGCUGCAGCAAAAAAUCAGUGUGCUGUAUUCCUUCUUGAGAAGCCACUUGAAGAAGAAAAGUAUUGUAUUUUUCUCCAGUUGUAAAGAGGUUCAGUAUCUGUUCAGAGUGUUCUGCCGACUCCGUCCUGGUGUUUCUAUCCUAGCUCUGCAUGGCCGGCAGCAGCAAAUGAGAAGAAUGGAGGUUUAUAAUGAAUUUGUCCGCAAGAGAUCUGCAGUGCUUUUUGCUACUGAUAUUGCAGCCAGGGGACUAGAUUUCCCUGCUGUGAAUUGGGUUCUUCAGUUUGAUUGUCCAGAGGAUGCCAACACAUACAUUCAUAGAGCAGGUAGAACUGCCAGGUACAAAGAAGGUGGUGAAGCUUUAUUAAUUUUGCUUCCUUCAGAGGAGAAAGGGAUGGUACACCAGCUUCUCCAGAGGAAAGUACCUGUGAAGGAAAUCAAAAUCAAUCCAGAAAAACUUAUAGAUGUCCAGAAAAAAUUGGAAUCCUUUUUAGCUCAAGAUCAAGAUUUAAAAGAGAGAGCUCAAAGGUGUUUUGUCUCCUACAUACGUUCAGUAUAUCUGAUGAAGGCUAAAGACGUGUUUGAUGUGAGCAAGUUACCUAUUCCCGAAUAUGCCCUGUCUCUUGGUCUUGCUGUGGCACCUAGGAUAAGAUUUCUUCAGAAAAUGCAGCAACGACCCAUUAAAGAAUUGGAAGUGAACCAAGACAAUCCAGUAACUGCGUCCCUCACUAAUGAUGACGUGGAAGAGUUUAGAGCCUGCUUCAAUGAGAAAAUGUCUCUCCUCCAGAAAGGUGGCAAAAGAUGUGAAGUGGCAGAGGAUAGUGAUAGUACCAGUGAUGAAGAAGAGGAGGAGAUGGAAGAUGAGAAAGAAAUGGAAGAGAAACUGGGGAAUACUCAACCCCAAUCUGUUUCUCAUCCUGAUGAGGCACAACAGAUAAAGGAAGUUCCUGUGCAGUUUUUAGACAGAAAGGAGGAGGAUGAGGAGGAGGAAGAUGGACUGGAUUUCUUGAAGGUGAAGCGACACAACGUGUUUGGUUUAGACCUUAAAGAGACUGAAGCAUUGCAGAAGAAAGAAACUUCUAAAUCCAAAGUCAAGAAAAAAGUGACCAAGGUUGCAGAAGCAAAAAAAGUAAUGAAGAGAAAUUUUAAAGUGAAUAAGAAAAUAACAUUUACUGAUGAAGGAGAGUUAAUUCAGCAGUGGCCACAGAUGCAGAAAUCUGUCUUGAAGGAUUCUGAGGAAGAAGACAGUGCUGGAGGUAUCAACUUAGAUAAAGCAAAAGAAAGGCUUCAAGAAGAGGACAAAUUUGACAAAGAAGAAUAUAGAAAGAAAAUUAAGGCAAAACACCGGGAAAAAAGAUUGAAAGAGAGGGAAGCCAGAAGAGAAGCUCACCAGAGACAAAUAAAGGCCAAAGAUGAAGAGGAAGCCUUUCUAGAUUGGAGUGAUGAUGAUAAUGAUGCAUUUGAUCCAAGCACACUUCCAGAUCCAGAUAAGUACAGAGACUCUGAAGAAUCUGAUAGUGAAGAUGUGGAGAAUAAAAUCAAUGAUACCCAGAAGAAGCAGGGCACGAGGAAACGGAACAACAGUGAAUUGGAAGACGAGGGACCCACAAGUCGAAAUAGAAAGAAGACCAAGUGGGAGCCCUUGGACACAGGCCUAACUUUAGCAGAGGAUGAAGAACUGGUAUUACAUCUGCUCAAAAGUCAAAGAUAACUAUUUCCUUCUCUUUGCUUCUCCUGGAAACUACUAGUUAUGGUCAUAUGCAUCAGAAAGAGGGAAAAAAGUUGGCUUAGGCAGCCCUUGGAUCCUGUGGAUCUUGUGCCCAAGGGCUUAUCUAGUGACAGGUUCACUAGAUUGUACCCACAUACUGACAUAUCUAGUCAUGGGAAAUGCUGCCUUCUUGUGCUUGCAGGCAUUGGAGACAUGUCCAGCUUACCACACAGAAGCUCUAUGUACUGUUUCAUCACUUAGCUCACAGUUUCAGUGUAUUGAACAGUCCUAAACUGUCAUAGACCAACCCCAAAGAAAGAGUAUUUUUUUGAGAUGAUAACUA